CCCCGCCCUCCACCCAGAGUCGGGCUUUUUGUCUUUCGCCACUACCACCAGCAUCUGACCGCAGAGAAAAGAGGAGAACAGUAUGUUAUCGCAUCUGCGUUCUGCGCUAUUAUGAGUCUGGCCAUCUCUAAAUGGGAUCCUCCGUCCAGACUCAUUUUAGUUGUUGAGGGAGCUUAGAUACUUGUGCGCCGCCGCAUGUACAGUCUCUAGGAACUAAAUCUGCAAACAAACGCCUUAAAAGUUUUUCGUCGCCAUGGAGCCACCAGAUAAACCUGCCCUCGUCUCUGCCAGCACUCUGCUGAAUCAUAACCGGGCGGAAAAUACAGGCCAACUGUCGCCAUGGACGUCCUCUCAAAGUCGAGAGACGCAAUCGACGCCAGAGUCCAUUGAGAAUCCAAACUCGCAGCACCAGCAGCAAGGGCAGACUGCAACCGCUAAAGUCGCUAUUCCCAGGCACCGCGGGGGAGUUGCGCCUCGAUUCAGUCGUCGCGUGGCGAAAGCCUGCGAAUCUUGUCGUCAGCGAAAGACAAAAUGCUCUGGAGACACCCCGGUAUGCAGACAAUGCCGGGAGCUGAAGGUCAAGUGCCAAUACCCUGACGGAUUGAGAGAAAAGACAAAAAGGCAUUUGGAACAACUCAGUUCGAAAUCGGAUGAUUAUGAAAGCCUCCUGAAAGAUUUGCGCUCAUCUGUGGACGAUGGUCUGGCCAAGCGAAUUACAACGACUCUGUCCAAAUAUGCGCCUGAUGACGAGCAUAACAGGACAGAACCCCUUUCGUCAUCUUCACGCACACCUCUUGACGAUGUUGAGCUGGAGCCCUCCUCCCCAUCCUCCAUUGGAUCUUUGGAGGCAAUUGAUCGAGUGGAGGAAGACCUCAAUCGGGGCGAAAAUGUCCGAGCGACAGGCUACAUUGGCAAAAAUUCGGAGAUUAGUUGGAUGCAACGCGUACAAAGGGAAGCAGAGCAGAGAUCGCGGAAACAGCCUGGUAUGGUUGAGGGCGGACCGCAAGACUUUUCAAUCAAUGCCGUGAGCUAUCAUUUGGACGAUCUUGAUAUCAGCGUCCCUGACCCCGUGGACAUGUAUGCUAUACCGUCUCGUGAACAAGCAGAGAGAUUCUUCGACGAUUAUCUAACAACAGUUCACCCAUUUUUUCCAAUCAUCAACCGCCCACUUUUUCGCUCACAGUUCAAAUUCUUCUUCGAAAAUCCUUGUCAACCAGGUGACAAGUGGCGAGCAAUCUUGAACAUGAUAUUUGCCAUUGCUGCAAAACAUUCCCAUUUAGCCCAAGCCCCAUGGAGAGCAGAUGAUCACCAGGACCAUCUUCUUUACUUUACGCGGGCUAGGUAUCUCAGUAUGACGGGCGAUGUUCUUUUCAGCCACCCAGAUCUCCAGCAAAUUCAGGUAGAGGGUUUGAUUGCCUUUUACCUCCUGUCGACAGAUCAAAUCAACAGAGCUUGGAGAAUAUCAAGUGUUGCUGUUCGCUCAGCGAUAACUCUUGGGAUCAAUAUGAAGAGCUCGAGUGAAACAACGACAAAUAUCUCAAAGGAAUCACGCUACCGUGUCUGGUGGGCACUGUACUCAUUCGAACAUCUUCUUGGUGUAAUGACAGGCAGAGCAACAUGCAUCCUUGAUGGAAUUUGCACAACGCCCAUGCCAAUUCCCUUUGAAGAAGAAAGGUUCAGCGAUCCAGAUGUGAAUGAAAUUUUGAGUGAUCCAUCUCUACGUGAGAAAAACGUUCAGGAAGCUGUUGCAAGCCAUUUGAUUCGUUUGACGCCCGUGCACCCGGUAGGUAGGAACUCUGAGAAGUCUAGCCGCUCCAACUGGCUACAGAAAAUACCUUUCAACACUGGACUGUCAUUCCUCUUAUUCAUAGACAUAUCUGUCAUUACGCAGGAGAUAAUUAACAAGGUGUACACGGCAGAUGCAGUCAAACUCCCUUGGUCUACCAUUGAGAAUCGCAUCGGUGAAUUAAAAUCACGGAUUGACUUGUGGUUUAAACAAUUGCCGGAUGCAUUUAACUUCGUUCAGAAAGAGAGCAACUCAGCUGAGCAAGUGCGUUCAAAGCUGGGUCUUGCUUUCCAGUACUAUAGUGCCCGGAUCACCCUUGGUAGGCCGUGCCUAUGCAGACGCGACUCACAAUCGAAUGAGUCUACCUCGUUCAGUCAUAAGAUGGCAUUAGUCUCCCUUGACGCUGCUGCCCGGAUGCUUGAUCUGAUACCUGAAACUCCAGAUCCUUUGCAGCUUUACCAAUUAGCUCCAUGGUGGUGUAUUCUCCACUAUCUGAUGCAAGCCGCCACCGUUCUGCUUUUAGAACUGUCCUUUGGCUGCGUCCAUGUUCCUGAAGAUGAAAGCAGAAUUUUCGAAGCCGCAAAAAAGGCUAUUCGCUGGCUGUACGCAAUGUCUGAAUACAGCACUGCCUCGCGACGAGCAUGGCGUCUGUGCGACGAUUGCAUGCGACGAAUCGCUGUUGGCAUGGAUUUCGAUGUCAGCGACCUCCCUCCAUUACCCAACGAUUCCAUACCUCAAGAACGAUACCAGGUACCUCAUUCACAACAGGUCGCUACUACCGCAAGUAGUGCUGCUCCUGUCACGUCCGUUGGAAGUGGCCCUGCUGGCGGGGAGACUUUUGACUGGAGCACUGGAAUGGAGCCUGUAGGCUCAUUUUCUGCUGAAACACAGCCUCAGGAGAUACAGGGAUUGUCUGAGUACGACAGUUCCAUUAACAAUCCAGAGCUGGUUUCAUACCCAAUGAGUUUCCCGCCCUCAAUGGUCUUUACUUCCAGCAAUGAACUGCACUUUCCAUAUGACCCUCUAACUGGCGAGUUUAUGGGCUCGUUUUUCCCACAUCCAGGUGAUGAUCAUGUCUGGGAAAAUUGACAUUUCCACUCCCCAUGUAUCAUUUCAUUUUGUAAUACUUCCUUUUCUCGAUUGGUUUGUUGUCAGGACAAUCAUUCCACAUCUUCCACGUUUUUGUUAAUGGGUUACCUUUGGUUUUACAACAGUAGUCGUUACAGAAAAACCAAAUUAUCCUGUUUUUUUAUACCUUCAAAAGUCAUUUCAUUCUAUUUCAAGACGAACUCUUGAGGGACGUCGAAAUAAACUUUUCAUAUCAACGAAUAUGCCUGUGGUGAUUCGUUUUGGGAAUUCAAUGUUCGAUGUCGUCGUCAAAGUGACUCAUGAGGAUAUUAUGAAUUUAUGAAUUAAUGCAUGUACUAUAAUCGACACGAAUCCAAUGCAGACAUUGAAACCUUAA